AUGUCGCCCAAGGCUCUGUCCAACAUAAGCAACAAUGAUGGGAAUCCUCAGGGAAACCCCAUCUACUUCGACCAGGGCAAUAUUGAUGUGACAGAGAAUCCCAGGUGCGUGGGUCCGUGCUGUGGGGAAGUGACCAAGUGCACCAACAGAUGUGCAGACCCAAGCUGCUGCAAAGGGAUCGAGGGCGUUGCUAGAUGCGAAGAUUCGUGCUGCGAAGAAGUAUCAAAGGACAACACCAUUUACUUGAACCUGGGCAAUAUUGAUGUGUCGCAGACUCCCAAGUGCAUGGAUCCCUGCAGUGAGGAAGUGACCAAGUACACCACCUCAUGUGCGGACCCAAGCUGCUGCAAAGGGAUCGAGGGUGCCACCAGAUGCGAAGAUUCAUGCUGUGAAGAAGUGAUUAAGGGCACCACCAUCUAUUUGAACCUGGAUAAUAUUGAUGUGACGCAGAAUCCCAGACGUGAGGAUCCGUGCUCUGAGGAAGUUGCCAAGUGCACUACGAUUUAUGUGAACUUGGGUAAUAUUGAUAUGACACAGGAUCCCACGUGCGCGUACCCGUACUGUGUGGAAGUGACCAGGUACACCAACACCUGUGGGGACCAAUGCUGCUGGAAAGUGACCAAGGGCACCACCAAAUGUGAAGAUUCGUUCUGUGAAGAUGCGACCAAGGGCAACACCAUUUACUUGAACCUGGGCAAUAUAGAUGUGACACAGAAUCCCAGGUGUGCGGAUCCAUGCCGCAAGGAAGGGAACAAGUUCAACAGCAUUUUCUUGAACCUGGGUAAUAUCUGUGUGACACCGACUCCCCAGAUCACGGGCCGGUGCUGUGAAGAAGUGACCAAGGGCAACACCAUUUUUGUGAACCUGGGCAAUAUUGAUGUGUCCCAGAAUCCCAAGUGCCUGGAUACCUGCUGUGGAGGUGAGACCAAGGACAACACCAUUUACUUGAACGUGGGCAAUAUUUGUGUAAGACCGACUCCCCAGUGCACGGACCGGUGCUCUGAAGAAGUAGCCAAGUGCACCCCCCACUGUGUAGACCCGUGCUGUGGAGGUGAUCAGGCUGUUCCAAACAAUGAUGGGAAUCCUCAGGGAAACCCCAUCUACUUUGACCAGGGCAAUAUUGAUGUGACAGAGAAUCCCAGGUGCGUGGGUCCGUGCUGUGGGGAAGUGACCAAGUGCACCAACAGAUGUGCAGACCCAAGCUGCUGCAAAGGGAUCGAGGGCGUUGCUAGAUGCGAAGAUUCGUGCUGCGAAGAAGUAUCAAAGGACAACACCAUUUACUUGAACCUGGGCAAUAUUGAUGUGUCGCAGACUCCCAAGUGCAUGGAUCCCUGCAGUGAGGAAGUGACCAAGUACACCACCUCAUGUGCGGACCCAAGCUGCUGCAAAGGGAUCGAGGGUGCCACCAGAUGCGAAGAUUCAUGCUGUGAAGAAGUGAUUAAGGGCACCACCAUCUAUUUGAACCUGGAUAAUAUUGAUGUGACGCAGAAUCCCAGACGUGAGGAUCCGUGCUCUGAGGAAGUUGCCAAGUGCACUACGAUUUAUGUGAACUUGGGUAAUAUUGAUAUGACACAGGAUCCCACGUGCGCGUACCCGUACUGUGUGGAAGUGACCAGGUACACCAACACCUGUGGGGACCAAUGCUGCUGGAAAGUGACCAAGGGCACCACCAAAUGUGAAGAUUCGUUCUGUGAAGAUGCGACCAAGGGCAACACCAUUUACUUGAACCUGGGCAAUAUAGAUGUGACACAGAAUCCCAGGUGUGCGGAUCCAUGCCGCAAGGAAGGGAACAAGUGCAACAGCAUUUUCUUGAACCUGGGUAAUAUCUGUGUGACACCGACUCCCCAGAUCACGGGCCGGUGCUUGAAGAAGUGA